CCAUCAAUGGUCAUUUUGGACUCACCUUUGCUUCCUCUUUUUCAUCAGUCAAUACAUCAAGAACAACGGGGCCAGCACCAACAACAACAACAGCAGCAGCAGUAUCGGUCGUUAAUUUCCCCUUGGAUGAUGCCUAUUGCUGGUGGCGUUAACGGAGCCUUGAUGUCAUCACAGCUUCCAUCAUCCUCAAUAACUACCAAUGCGUUCAUCCCAUGCUGUCAGGUAUAUGGUUCUACAUCGCCAAUGCCGUUCCUUCAAUGCAUGGUGCAUUCUUGCGUUGAUAGUAUAAGUGCUACUGAUACUAUGUUUAACACUGAUGGAGCAAUGAAUCUAGCCCAAAGGACUGUAGUCAACGAAGGGACAAGAGAAGCAAAAGAGGAUGUAGGAGAAAGAAAUAGAUACUUGUCCCCCCACAGUAAAAGCGAACGUCGCAGGACGCGCAGAUCUUUGAACCAAGGAAGCUCCAUAAAGUCAUCCUCACCAUCCUCUUCAAUAACGAGUUCGAGUUCUCCGACGCCUAGUUGGGUACCCCAUCCUUCAUAUAUAGCAUCAUCAUUACUGGCAUUACCCACAAACACUAUUUCAUAUUCAUCAGCACAACCCAUCUUAAGUCCGCCUUCAUCUUAUUUAUCCUCCUCAACCUGCUCGUCUUCACUUCCAUUUUUGCCUUCUUCAACCAUUCAUAAAACUACUACCGUACAAUCGACUCCCAUAUCUAACACAACGAUAAGAAAGCCCUUUCCUCCAAAAUUUUACAUCAUGGAGCCUUAUAAACAUUCAACAGCAAAGAUCGAUCGCAGAUCCUUUAAUUCUCGAAAGGAACUCAAACAGGCACAGGCUAGAGAGCUUUACUCUAAUCAGGUUUCAUAUUAGA